UCCAAGUAUUGCCAACGUUAGGAAAAUUUUAGUUAGAAGAUUGUACACUUGAUAUAAGAAUUUAACCCUAAAAAUACGAUGUUUAACACAAUCUAAAAAUAUAUAUUAUUCGUACAUUCAAAACUAAAUUUUGAAUACAAACUGCAGAAUGUCUCUUCUGCGCAAAGGACAGCAUUGGGGUACUUUUGCAUGUGUUUGGCACAUUUUCGAUGCAACUUGGCAAAAUCCAUAUAAAAGUGCACAUUUGAUAAAAAAAUACCUUAUGGGAUUAUACAAACCUAUAUAUCAUCCUAUGAACCAGUGUGGUGACCAUGUAAUAGUAAUAAAUAGCAAAGAAAUUGCAUUGCGUGGAGAUGAGUGGCAAAAGCGAGUAUAUUUUCAUCAUACUGGAUUCCAUGGUGGAGCUACUUGGACUCUUGCAUGGGAAUUACAUAGUAAAGAUCCUACUAUGAUUGUUAAGAAAGCAGUUUAUAGAGCAAUGGAUGGAACUCUGCAAAGAAGAUAUACCAUGCAGAGGUUACACAUUUUUCCUGAUGAUAAUGUACCCAAAGAAAUGUUAGAUAAUGUUACCAAUCAGAUUAAACAAUUAAGAUCUGUUCCAGUUAAACUGUAUGAUAUUCCACAAGAGGAAAGAGAUAAAAUUCCACGACUUAUAAAAUAUCCUAGUGAUUACCAGCUCAAAUAAAGUUAUAUAUAUAGAUUUAAAAUAAAUUAUCACAUUAUUUUAAAAAAUUU